AGUAAAGUGCGCGAGGACUCGAUGGUAGUCACCGAACUACCCACCAAGUAAGCGCAACUAAUACAAAGAUUGCAUUAUCUGUUGAUGCUGCUCGAUACACGCGAAUGCAAGAGUGGCAACUUUUGGCAAAAUGACAGCUUACAAGUCCCGGCGCUCUCCAAGUGUCCAACAAAUAGCGCUCAAUCAAACUGAGUCAUGUUCUGAAGCUGCAGCUACGCGCUUUAGUGCAUGGACACCUAUAACUAACAAACUUUCCAACCAGCAGCAAAUUGCACAGCUUUUUCAGGAGAGAACGACUCUUAUUCUCCACUGGUUUGACCUAUGGACGGAUGUGCAGAGGAAACAUUUGCUUCAGCUGUUGUUAAGAAGAUGUUCCAAAUCCCAGCUCAAAUCCAUUAAUGACUACUUUAUUAAAGCUGCUCCUAUUACAAAACUGGACUUUACCACUGUGCUGCCACGCAUACUUUCUUUGUAUAUUCUGUCCUUCUUGAGCCCAAUGGACUUAUGUGCUGCUGCUCAGGUCUGCUGGCACUGGAGGUUUCUAUCAGAGCAGGAUUGCUUGUGGUCUCCAAAGUGUGUUCGGCAGGGUUGGUUCCUUACCUAUGUACCUUCAGAAAAGGAAUAUGGUGCCUGGAAGAAACACUAUGUUGCCUGUGCUUGCACACUGGACUUUUUGUCCCCAUGGGAAGCAGCAGACAUCUAUGGUACCCUGAAUGAAACUUUGCCAGAAACAGAAGAGGAGGAACAGAAACGAACAGAAUGUCUGAUCAGACGAACCAUCUGCGAGAGGAUUGUGGAGCAUAAAAAAGCUGAUUUGAAGAGCAGGAGGGCUUGGUUAACCAACUCAAAAGGAACAUAUGCAAGCAGUAUCCCACAGAAAUCCAGCCUGCUGCCUUUGAGUCGUACUAGCAGUCUUGUCCAACUUGGGGAUAAGUGCCGAUUAGAGAACACGAAGCAGCAGAGACUUCAGCUAAAUUCAACCAUUGAGACAUCGUGUGCUUCCAGCUCCAUGAAAACUUUAGCAAUGAGUUCGCACUUAAACUCAUACACCAGCUCCACCAAUUACCCUCUACCCCACCUGCUACUUUUGUCCUCCAGACUUCCUGCUUAUGAGAUGGUGUUAUGUGGAGCUCUGGUCAAUGUGGUGCCAUUGUUAUAUGACUACAGUGGAACAACUUUAGAGGCUCUUCUCUGUUUGGCUGAGAGAGCUAUGAAGGGCAGAAUGAUACAGAGUAUUGGCAUCAUAGCUGAAGGAAACUCUGAAGAGAUUCACCUAAUAGAAGGACUGAGCAUCACAGAGAAGAGCAUCUUAAAGCCUGAUGUGAGGGCAUUUUGGGAAAAGCUCUGUGGCUGGGUUUUACCUGCAUCAGAAGCAGGGUCUCUCAACAUUUUUGUGCCUCUGGCUGCUUCUGGUGCGGGGAUGGAUCUAAUAAGCAAACUGUCCUCUCUGACUGGUUUGAGCAUCAGGGCACCCACAGGAAUCUGCACCGGCUCCUACCAGCACAUUCUGAGUGAGUGGUUAGGGAAUGGUGACUUUCCUCCGCUGCUAUACUUAAAUGAAGGAUCCUUGGGUUCAUGGUGCAGGCAGGCAGAAUGGAUAGAACAGACACUGAAGGUCCUACGGAAACAACUCGAACCGCAGCUGCAGCGCCUGAGUUACGAGACAAGGGGUCGGACACUUGGUCUUUUCCUUUGGGAUCAUAUAAACUUGCCUGUGUUAAAGCUUAAACCAGAAGUUAUGCAAGUAGUAAUGGAGGGUCUUGUGGCACUUAUGAAAGAAACAACAGAUAAUUCACUGGAAUUCCUGGGAAAAUUCCUACUGAGGAAAAGUGUGGAUGGUACUGGGAAUAAAUCUGAGCUAUUAACAGAGAGUGCUUCAUGCAGCUCUAACCACAAGGUCCCUAAGAUGUUAUUAGGUGAAGCAGACCGCCGCAGUGGUGUGUUUAUGGAGCUGCUGAACAGUGAGAAAGCUUACGUGCGUCUGCUAAAGGCUUUACACAGCGUGUACUACAUUCCACUCCGAGCAGCUCUGGACUCCAACCGAGCUAUAAUUAGCUCUGCCAAUCUUGUGAUGCUCUUUAAUCCCAUACUGGACAUACUGGAAGUCAAUAAUCUUUUUCUGCAGGACCUUACAGAGAGGGCAGAGGAAUGGAGUCCUAUGCAGUGUGUGGGUGACGUGUUUGUCCGAUUCUGUGCCAAGCUACGGGCUUACACUAAUUUCUUCAACAACUACACCACUGCUAUCAGGACCAUAGAUAAGUGCAAAGAGAUGCUUCCUGUAUUCCGAGCCUUUAUAAAGAGACACAACAAGACUCUUGCUACUAGGAUGUUAAGUCUCCAGGAGCUGUUCCUAAGUCCGUCUACAAGGGUGGAGGAGUAUGUGAAUUUGCUCCAGUCUUUGAAGCUACACACACCACCUGAACACCCUGAUCACCAACACAUAUCGUCUGCCUUAAACACAUUACGGAAUUAUAGGAACUUUAUCCAUAAGUUGAAAAAAAGUUUAAACCAGGAGGAGAAAAUGCUGGAUGUGCAGAAGAUCAUUCAGAGCUGCCCAAAUCUACAGGAGGGAGGCCGAUAUCUAAUCACCAUGCAGGAUGUAGCAUUACUGAGUUGCCUUAAUGAAGACAUUACUCCAUCACUCAGGAUGUACGAGUGUGUUAAGGAUCUGGGAUUGUUUUUGUUUAACGAUGUUGUGGUGCUGACUGAGAAAAGAGAGACUCAUGUGCCAUUCAGUCUGGCAGUGAACACAUCACACACUUUCCUGGCCUCUGUAAGCUUGCACAGCCUCAGCGUCUCUGACAUAGUGGACACAAAGUAUGUGCAGAAUUCUUUCAUCCUGGAGAGCCCGAAUCGCCUGUGGAUCUGUGCUACAGACAGAGAGGAGGAUAAGAUCAGGUGGCUGUCUGUUUUAAGCAGUGCUAUAAAUGCAGCUAAAUGCGAUUAAAGCAGCCGAAGGUGAGAACAUCAAAGACAACAUCUUGAGCAAUAACAUCUCCAUCUUGGAAAUAUUCCCAGCCAGAAGCAAAUGCAUGGAUUCAGCGGUUCAAGACGGAUUCAGUGGCUUCAACGAUUAAAUAUACUCUGUUGUUUGCAAGACAAAGUAAAACAUAUAGGUGUAUACUGAUAACCAUUAAGAUUUAUUUACAUAGAGAAAA